AAUUCCUUUUGACUAAUGUUUUUUAACUGUUAGUGCCUAUUUCAUUGUUUAUCAUCACACUUGCACAGAUUUUAAUUAGUGUUUGAUUCACAUUUUACUCGUUUAAAAUUUGAAACAUUUAAGUAAAAUAAAAUCACUUCAUACAUUAAAGAACACUUAUUGGUCUAGAUAAUAUGUAAAAAAAAUUAAAAAAAUAAAAAGUUAAAAGACAAUAGCAAUUAAAUAGUUGCUUUGGAAAACAUCUAGGUCUAGUGCUACGCAACUCCUUAGGGUUAAAUCUUAAAGGAAGAGCCAGAAGACGGGCAACACCUUCCCAAAAGUAGGGUGUGGUAUUGGACUCAGGUAUUGGACAGGUAAUUUCUCAGGACCUCCCUCUUCGUCCCUGGUAUAUAUGGCAAUCCCAUUGAAUUCCUAUAGAGACUUUAAGCCUGUCCCGUUCACCUCUGUAGCCCACAUCACACUUUUAGGGGAUAAAAGAAGAAAAACAAGGGGUAAGAAUCCUGGAGCCUGUGGAGCAAACAGCGGCUGCACUGCUCAACCUCAGCGCCAAUAUGUUGUACCUGGAGACCAAUCCUCCCACAUCAUAUAGUGAGCCACAGUAUACAAGCCUGGGGCUUCUCAACAGCAUGGAUCAAAAUGGUGGAUCCACCUCCACCAGCCCCUACAACAAUGAGCAUACUCAGAACAACGUAACAGCACCAUCACCCUACGCCCAACCCAGUUCCACCUUCGAGGCCCUAUCUCCAUCACCUGCCAUCCCAUCCAACACAGACUAUGCUGGCCCACAUACAUUUGAUGUGUCCUUCCAGCAGUCCAGUACAGCCAAAUCAGCCACCUGGACGUACUCCACAGAACUGAAGAAGCUGUACUGUCAGAUUGCCAAAACAUGUCCCAUUCAAAUCAAGGUCCUUACCAACCCACCCCAGGGUGCAGUCAUACGGGCCAUGCCUGUCUAUAAGAAAGCUGAGCAUGUUACCGAGGUGGUCAAACGAUGCCCGAACCAUGAACUGAGCAGAGAGUUCAAUGACGGCCAAAUAGCCCCACCCAGUCACCUGAUUAGGGUUGAGGGAAACAGUCAUGCUCAGUACGUGGAGGAUUCCAUUACUGGGCGUCAGAGUGUGCUGGUGCCUUACGAGCCCCCUCAGGUGGGCACAGAGUUCACAACCAUCCUGUACAAUUUUAUGUGUAACUCCAGCUGUGUUGGUGGAAUGAACAGACGCCCCAUCCUCAUAAUCGUCACAUUGGAAACCAGAGAUGGUCAGGUUUUGGGUCGACGGUGUUUUGAGGCCCGUAUCUGUGCGUGCCCUGGACGUGACCGGAAGGCUGACGAGGACAGCAUCCGUAAACAGCAUGUCAGCGAUGGCACAAAGAGCAGUGAGGGUAUGAAACGCCCUUUCCGUCAGGCCUCUCACCUCUCUCAGCUAAACUCCAUCAAGAAGCGAAGAUCCACCGAUGAGGAAGUGUUUUGUCUGCCUAUUAAAGGCCGUGAAAUCUAUGAGAUUUUGGUGAAAAUCAAAGAGUCUUUGGAACUUAUGCAGUUCCUCCCUCAGCAGACUAUUGAGUCAUACAGACAGCAGCAGCAGAACCUACUGCAGAAACACCUGUUAAGGGCCCGUUUGCGCUCUGAGCUUCUGGACCCAAUAGGUGAGCAGAAGAGGCGCUUCAGUGCUUCCUGAAAGUAGGAAUCACAUUCCUCCUCCCUCAGAGCAUCCCUCGCUCAUCUCUCUCCAUUUCUUCUUCAUCUCAUCCUCUACCCCUCAAAGGGGCUCCCUGUGCUUCACCUGUGGUAACUCCUAGACUUGUUUUAUGCCACAAAUAGGUUGAACGCAGGAUUUUGUUUCUACCACGUGAACACCUCGUUUUACAUAUGUGAGCUCUCAAGUGAAGUCAUUUUAGAUAUUUUUGGAAAGUUCAUUGCAUGAUUUUGUCCCUCCAAAGUGUAUUAUCUAGACUACGGCGCUCAUUUAUCAAUUUAAAUAAUCCAUUUGUGUGUUAAAUUUGCUUACACUCACCUUACAGUUGGAUUAGUUGCAUUGGUAUUACUGUUCAAUCAUCUGAAGUGUCAAAAGUUUCUUAAAACCUUUUAUUGUCCAUACUUUUUUUUUUUUUUAUGUUUCUUAAAGGGCCCUUGUGACUGAGGCAGCUUGUUUCCUCAGCAUUUAUUGUGUUUGUUGGACUGAUCUGCUGGUAUUGCACAGAAACCCAUUGCACAUAAACAGUAUAGCAACUUCUCAGCUGACCACCUUAUUUCUCUCUUUCUCUCUUCUUUCCAUCUGUUUUUCUUCUUUCUAUCUAUCUAAACCAUCCUGAAUGUCGAAACUGACCAGGAACCAAGCACACAUCUUUUUUUAUGGGACUCAUAGUUUUUCUUUAAGAUCUUGAUGAUGGUUCAUCUUAAAUAGCUUAUUGUUUUUGCCUCUGUCUUCAUUUUAUUAUUGGAGCUGGACUCAUUGAGUUGUCUAUAAAUGUGGGGGGAUAGACUUUAUUGAUGACUGAAUUUUGAUAAUGCUGGUCAUGUUUUGUAAAGUGCACUGCUGGGCAGUAAUUUGUGUGUUUUGUCUUGAUUAUUUGUUCAUUUUCUUAAAGAUGUAUUUCCUGCUGUGUACAUAGCAGUUAAGAGAAAAGGAAGUGAAUGCUAUAGUGUUGACAGAUUCUUUUGUUGUUUCAUAUGAAAUUAAUGGUUGUUGUAUUCUCAAUGGCUCUUGCACUUUUGUCAGUUACUACUAUUCAAUAAAUGACUUCUCUGCUUUUGUGUUCCUAUCCCUGCUCUUCCUCUUUAUUCUCUUUUCUUCUCGACUCUUCUUUUUACUUGAAUUGUCAGGGGCUUUUAGUCAGGGCAUUUAAAAAUAUAAAUAAUAUCAACAAUGAGCGUAACAUUCAAGUUCAGAAUCAUUUAAAGGGGUAGUUCACUCAAUUAUGAAAAUUCUGCAAUUCUUACUCUCAUGGCAUUCCAAACCUGUAUGUUUUAUUUUUUUUUUUCCAAUGGAACAUAAAAUAUAUUUUGAAGACUGUAACCAAACCAUUGUGAUUUAAAAAAAAAAAAAAAAAGAAGAAAAGAAACUAUAAAUGUUUGUAACGUAAUUGAAUAAUGCCAUUUUCUUUGAAUGUGGGAACUAAUCCUUUUAAUAUUAUAUUUCACAAGUAGGUUAUGUAAAUUAAAAAUAUAUGUUAAUUUUUCAUUUGUUAUUGCAAUUUUUCAUUUGUUAUUGCACAGAAACCCAUUGCACAUAAACAGUAUAGCAGUAAUGUACGGUAAAGUACUACACAAGUAUAUGGAUUUAGUAACCUCUCUGUGACUUUUAACUCAUAUGCAUGUUUAUAUCUCAUUGUUAAGAAUUACAGAACAGCACAAACAUGUUCUGUGUUUCUCCACAGUUUAGGCCUUCCAUAGUGUCCAAAACAUUAAUAGAAAGCAUUUAAUCAUGACAAGGUUGCACAUUUUCUAUAAUAAAGCCUAUGCAAGAGACUCUGCUUUAUUAAUACAGAACAUGUAUC